AUGGCGUUUUGGCUAAGUUUGAUCUUUUGCCUUUUCACAUUUGCUUCCUCAACUCCACCGGAUGAUCCUGUCAAGUGUGAGUCCGGAAACACAAUUUGCACGGUGACGAACUCGUACGGGUCCUUUCCUGACCGUUCUAUAUGCCAAGCAGCUAAGGUGGAGUACCCAAGGACCGAGGAAGAGCUGGUAUCUGUGGUGGCUGCCGCCACUAGAGCUGGCCAAAAGAUGCGGGUCGUGACUCGGUACUCUCAUAGUCUCCCGAAACUGGUUUGCACUGACGGCAAAGACGGGGUUCUCAUAAGCACCAAGUUCUUGAAUAAUGUGGUGCGGACCAACCGGGAGGCCAAGACGUUGACGGUUGAGAGCGGCGUGACGCUAAGGCAGCUGAUCGAAGAAGCAGCUAAGUUGGACCUGGCUUUGCCAUAUGCACCGUAUUGGUGGGGACUUACGGUUGGAGGAUUGAUGGGGACAGGUGCUCAUGGAAGUUCACUUUGGGGUAAAGGAAGUGCGGUUCAUGAUUAUGUGACCGAGAUAAGAUUGGUGAGUCCUGGUUUGGCUUCUGAUGGGUAUGUGAAGGUUCGGGUUCUUAGCGAGGCUAACGAUCCCGAGGAAUUUCGCGCAGCCAAAGUUUCUCUAGGCGUUCUUGGUGUUAUCUCUCAAGUCACUUUCGAAUUGCAACCCAUGUUCAAGAGAUCGUUAACGUAUGUUAUGAUAGAUGACUCCGAUUUCGGAGAUCAAGCCGUGACUUUUGGUGAAAAACAUGAGUUUGCAGAUUUCAUAUGGUUACCGAGCCAAGGCAAAGUGGUGUAUCGAAUUGAUGAUCGCGUUCCGGUAAACACUUCCGGAAGUGGUUUGUUCAAUUUUUACCCAUUCCGUUCACAACUCUCGCUAGCGUUAGCCACUGAUAGAUCCUUAGAGGAGAUUGACGAGUCACUCCAAGAUGCAAACAUAAAGUGUAUGAGAGCAGAGCUAGUCUCGUCGUUUAUGUUUUCAAUAUCAUACGGUUUGACUAACAACGGCAUAAUAUUCACAGGCUAUCCGGUCAUCGGAAUGCAAAACCGUAUGAUGUCUUCCGGUUCAUGUCUAGACAGUCGUAAUGACGGACUGAUCACUGCUUGUCCGUGGGAUCCGCGGAUCAAAGGCCAGUUCUUUCACCAAACAACCUUCAGUGUUCCUCUCACUCGUGUCAAAAGUUUCAUCAACGACAUCAAAGCACUAGUUAAGAUCAAACCUAAAUCUCUAUGCGUCCUUGAAGGCAGCAACGGUAUUCUCAUCCGUUACGUCACAUCCUCUACUGCUUUUCUUGGGAAAGAGGAAAAAGCUUUAGACUUUGACCUAACUUACUACAGAAACAAAAAAGAUCCCUUGGUACCGCGUCUAUACGAGGAUUACAUCGAAGAGAUCGAGCAGAUGGCGAUGUUUAAAUACAAUGCGUUACCACAUUGGGGGAAGAAUAGGAACCUAGCGUUUGAUGGCGCGAUUAGAAAGUACAAGAACGCAAACACGUUUUUGAAAGUGAAAGAGAGAUUUGAUUCUUUAGGAUUGUUUUCUACGCAAUGGACCGAUCAGAUUCUAGGUUUGAAAGGAAACGUGACGAUUGUGAAACAAGGAUGUGCGUUGGAAGGGUUGUGUAUUUGUUCAGAGGAUUCUCAUUGUGCUCCUAACAAAGGUUAUUUGUGUCGGCCAGGUAAAAUCUAUAGAGAAUCUAGAGUUUGUACUCGUGUAAGUGCCUAA